AUGGCAACAAUCUUCACGCCAUUCAUGUUAUCAUGGAAAACGAGCAAGGAUGCUAUCGGCGUGACGGCCAGCGAGAGAGUACUAAUGACAUUCGAGAAAAGUGAGGAGACCACGAAGAUCAAGCCCACGACCCCCACCGAGCAGACCUGCCACGACACUGCCGUGCAAACGACUACUUUGGACUUGCCAAUGCCUAAGGGGAGUCGUAGAAGAGCUGUCUUCUCUUUGGUACAAUUACACGUGUCAUCAAAUGAAAAAAGGAAUAUCCAUUUGUUUUUGGCAAAUGACCUCAUCACCGGGCGCAAUUAG